GGAGGGUUUGACGUUGGAAGCAUCAAAUCUCCAGAGGCUUCAUCAGCAAAGGAAGAUUCUGCUUCAUCUGAUUUUGCUUCAAGUAUAUCUGAAGAAAGUUCACCGAAGGCUGGCAUCGAAAUCUCACCACCAACAAAUUUACAUGAAGAAGGUUCCACGAAGGAUCUGGAUUUAUCAACAAAAGUGCUCAUACCUGUGAAAGAUCACAGAAGAGUCGAGAAAGUUGAAGAAAAAGUUGUGGAGGAAAACAAAAGUGCUCGGACAAUAAGUCCGAGACGUCGGAAAGCAACUCUAUUACAUUUCGCAAGAACAAAUGAGCUGCCUAAUGUUGCACGUGUUCAGCUUCUCCUAAGUAAUAUUAGUGAUAGACCAUUGCGGUUCAAGUUGAAAUGUGAACCAGGCUCAGAUAUUUCGGCAUUACCAAGUGCUAAAGGUCGUAUUAAUGGUCAUGGGUCAUCAAAAUGUACCUUAACGUGGCGUCGUGAACCAAACGUUGAACAAUGGUCUCAAGCACAGCGACCAAAAAUGCUUCUCGUUCUAGAUUUUCUAGGUGAUAAAACUAGAGAUGAGAAACGUACUCUAACAAGACUCAUUGGAGAAGUGGUACCGGGUCUGAUAUGCGACUCAAAUAAACCACCUGUUGAACAGUUAAUGCUAGAUGCAGUUUCAAGUGAUUAUUUCCGUUCCAAGUCAAGAGAGAUGCUUGCAAUACAACAAGCUCAUACUCCUGCAUGUGAACCAGAAAAACGACUCGCAGCAGAAUCAAAAAGUAUAGUGGACGAUAUAAUAGACUGGUUUGGUCGACAGUCAAAAGAUUCUCUACUUGGAUUACUUCUGUUGAUGAUAUUUUUUUAUUUUCUGGGGAUGUCAAAUUGUUCGAAACAGGACGAUAGUUAA